ACAAAAAACACUCACACACACAGGCAGGAAAAAAAACAACAAUCACAACAGCUGAGGCACGGGAAAAUUUUCGUGUGUUUUACUUUCCGUGACGCAAAAACCAAAUAAAAGCCUCCGCAUUGUGAACCCUUUACGCCAAAUCGGGACAUGAAAAUCUAUUCGUGACGAAUUACAUCAUCAUGCAGCGAUAAGUAACAAGUCGUGCGAUAGUGUCUGGCCUCGGUUUGUGCGACGAAUCGGAAAAGUUCGCACAAAAAAACGACAACAACAACUGGAGCACCCAACACAAAAACCGGGCAGUAUGUUUGGACGUACCGAAACGAACAAGGACAGUUUCCUUGUCCAAACGAAGGCGGCACGCGAGGAGCGUGCCAACGAACGUGCACAGGAAGAACGGCGGGACCGUUCGAUAUUGCUGCUUCAGCGUAACAUCCGCGGCUGGUUGGCCCGUACCAAGUUUCGGCAGACAAUUCUAAAUGAAUUCGACGAACUGCUUCCACCGGUCACAAACGUCGGCAAACCGAUCGACCUUAAACCAAGCCUUGCGGUGUACUGUGCCGCAAGUCACUUCCUGCUCCAGUGGAAAGCGGAAACGUCCGCUCCGGAGUCAGCACCGCAGCGGGAACGACUAGAACGCCUAUGCCGGUAUCUUGUCGCCAGCCUUGAAUCGGACUCCCCCAAAACGAGCUACAUUGGUGUUGCGUUCAACAAAGAGCUCAGCCUAGCCUGGAUCCGCCACAUAAAGAAGCUGCUGUACCGAUGCUGCACAGCGAUCGAGCUGCUCAAGCCCGAAGUGCACAGCGAUAGCAUAUCAUUGGCCUUAUACCUGCACACGCUGGUCGCGUUCACGUCGAUCAACAGUUGGGCGCUGUUGCGAAACAAAUCGCUGGCCGGGCUAAAGCCCGGCAUGACGCAACUGUGCGCGAACGUGAUGGGCGAUCUGGUGCAGAAGGGAUUCUAUCUGACGCUGCGCAACGUGCUGGUGAAAGGAACCUGCCGGCCCGUGGUCAAUCUCAAACCGAUUUCGCUAACAGCACUCGUGACGCUCGCUCUGCGUCCGCUCGUCUCGUCCGGUUACAGCGAGAAUCUCCUCAGCCAAUUCCUGGUGCAGAUCCUCUCCGUCCCCGGUAUGAUCAUGCAGCUCGAGCAGUUCACACCGGAAUGUCUCGUGAGCAUCCAGUCGCACGGAACGCUUGAGAAAACGCUCGAUCUGCUGAGUGGUGAACAGUCGACCAAGUUCGUUGUGGCCAGCCUGCAGAACAGCAAUCUGCUCGCGCUGCUGGCCAACGUGGUCCAUCUGUACUACCUGGAGCCGCCGGAAAAUGCAUCCAAGCUGGCCUAUCCCGCGUUUACGUUUGUCGUUACGCAGCUGCUGAACGGUAUACUGAACAGCCUGAGCCAGGCCGGUGGUGCCUUCACGCAGUGGCACGAGCUGUUGGGAUGGUUUUCACCCGGCAAGGAUCGGCUGCAGCACGAAAAUUUGCCGCUCAUCAAGAAGCAGAUCCAUCUGCUGUGGAACCAUCGGAUCGUGAAGCUGCUGCUGGGGGACAAUCUGAAGGAGUUGGCCGUUGGGUACGAGACGAUCGAUUAUCCCAUCCCGAGCGGGAACAGUACGGGGAAUCUGCUGAAGCGGGCGCUUACGUUCGAGCGUAGCUCGAUCAAGGGACAACCGAACAAGGCGGGAAAGAUGUACCGGAAGCUUGGGUCGGGUGAAGUGUCCCGGGUGGCGCUAACCUGCUCGAUGUAUCAUGCGGCCCUGAGUGCGCUGUCGCAGCUGCGACUGGAUAUUCUUUCCGGCCUUUGCUAUAACGAUACGGUGCUACACGAUCUGUGGCUGCUGCUUGGAUCGAUCGGACCCAACUGUGGCCUGAAGGGGUUCAUCGAGCUUCUGCAAGUCAGUCAAACGAAUUACGCGCCACCGUUGCUGCUUCUCUCGUUGUUCUGUGACUGUAUGACCCAUUACGUGACUAUUUUAGACGACCUGGAAAUGUACGAACAGCAAACACCGUUCACGCUGAACGACUACAUCGUGCUGUCCCACUUCCUGAACACAUUCCUGUACCGCACCAUCCAGGACCAGAUACUGGACGCGAAGACGGCCACCAGCGCGCCGCUGUUCGUGUCCAUACACACGCUCCUACUGUGCCUGUACCGGCGCGACUGUCGCCGCCAGUUUGCACCGCCGAACCACUGGCUUAUCCGGGACAUUCGGCCGUCCCACUUUCUGGCCGAUCUGGAAAAGGGGAAGAAGCACACCCAGAUUUUGCUGCAGAAGAUGCCCCACAUCAUCCCGCACGAGGAUCGGGUACAGCUGUUCCGGAAGUUUGUACAGAACGAAAAGGCGGUACUGGGGCUGACGGAAUCGGCCUGCGCGUCGCCCAGCUCUGCGCUCGUUACCGUCCAUCGGGACCGCAUUGUGGAGGAUGGCUAUAGGCAGCUGGCAGCAUUGCCACCCCACGGCCUUAAGGGUGUGAUUCGUGUGCGGUUCAUUAAUCAGCAGGGAUUGGACGAAGCGGGUAUCGAUCAGGACGGUGUGUUUAAGGAGUUUCUCGAGGAAACGAUCAAGCGGGUGUUUGAUCCUUCGUUGAAUCUGUUCAAAACGACCACCGAACAGCGGCUGUAUCCGUCGCCCACGUCACACAUGCAGGAGAACCAUCUGGCGCUGUUUGAGUUUGUCGGUCGGAUGUUGGGCAAAGCGGUUUACGAGGGCAUCGUGGUGGAUGUCCCGUUUGCAUCGUUCUUUCUGUCGCAAGUGCUGGGCCAAACGCAGCAAGCGCUGUACAGCUGUAUGGAUGAGCUGCCAUCGCUCGACAAGGAGCUGUACCGGAGCUUAACGUUCAUCAAGCACUACCAGGGCGAUGUGGCGGAUUUGGAUCUGACGUUCAGCGUGGAUGAGGACGUGAUGGGGAAGAUUGUGACGCACGAGCUGCAUCCGGGCGGGAAGGCACGGGCGGUCAAUAAUGAUAAUAAGAUCAAUUACAUCCACUAUAUGGCUUACUUUCGCAUGCACACGCAGAUCCGCGAUCAGACGGCCGCAUUCAUACGCGGAUUUCGGUGCAUUGUCAAUCCGGACUGGUUGGCACUGUUUUCCACGCCGGAACUGCAAAGGCUUAUAUCGGGCGACACAUCGCCACUGGAUUUGAAGGAUCUGCGCAAACACACCCAGUAUUACGGUGGCUUCCACGAUGGGCAUCGGGUGGUCGGUUGGCUGUGGGAUAUUCUUGCCAAAGAUUUCACGGAAGAGGAGAAAAAAUUGUUCCUGAAGUUUGUAACGAGCUGCUCGAAACCGCCACUGCUUGGCUUUGCCCAUCUGGAACCUCCGUUUUCCAUACGCUGCGUGGAGGUGGGCGACGACGAGGACAUCGGCGAUACGGUCGGUUCCGUCAUCCGUGGGUUCUUCACCAUCCGCAAGAAGGACCCGUUGAACCGGCUGCCCACAUCGUCCACCUGCUUCAAUCUGCUAAAGCUACCGAACUAUCAGAAGAAGAGCAUGCUGCGGGACAAGCUCCGGUACGCAAUAUCCAGCAAUACCGGGUUCGAGCUUUCGUAAGCAGCCAGCCUGUUUGCAGCCGGUGUUUGGCGAGACAUUCUUAUGAGCUCGUGGGGAGACAUAUAUAAUCCAUUAAACUGUGAUAGUAAGCGAAGGAUAUUCAGUCGGGGAGGUGCAAUUUGCACCCCCGAAAAGGAAUAUCCUUUCCGUGUUUGUGUGGUAUUUGGCUAAGCGCAACUGUGCAAUCCAAGCGGAAAUCCAAUAUGUGUGUGUAGUUGUGCAACAGUGCAGAAGAAUUGAACCCAGUGCGUAUGUCGGUGUAUAUCAAUAGUAGUAUAUUUAUGGUAUUGCGUUUGGCGAGUGCUUCACAAGGACGGAACUCGGCGGAGGCUGGUCAGUUGCGGGUGGCUUGAUGCAAUCGGAACUGGAAACUGUAAACGUAUCAGGAGAGCAAGUCGAAACGCACGCGUAAAAAGGUGUUUAUUUUAUAUAUCGAUACAUUUGUAGCUGGCAGCGGUAGGUGUGUGAAGGGACAAUGAUAAUCUAAUAUUUAUACUACGUGUAGCAAGGGUAAGAAAGUAUUUUUCGAACGUGUCUAGAGCUGAUUAUUUGUGUGUGAGUGAGUGUGUGUGUUGCAUGCGAUCGGAACGAGAAGAAUACCGUUGAAAACGGGUGUACUACACAUUAUAUAUUGUAACAAUCUCUCCCACUUUGGUGCAAUAGGUGCACCCAUCCCACGAAACGUACCCGGCCCGGACACAUCCUGGAGGGAGUAGAAUUCGUAGAAUGGGGUGGAAUAUGUAUGCACAUAAAAGCCCCCCAACCCAAUACCGGGAAUUGCGAUACAUUAGCAAGUAUGUAAUUGAAAAUCAAUCAUACAGUUGGUUUAUGAAAACAAAUACGUCGACGCAUAGGAGUAAAUGAUGUAUUACGGAGGAGCGUACGUUAGUUUGUGGCGAGGGACUAAUUGAAAAAACAAACAAAAAAAAUCAUUGUAAUAAUAAAAGUAGUCUCCUUUCAA